AGUAAGCACAUGAUUCCUGAUAGUCAAUACUGAAUUCGAAUGUUGUUGUGAACAUGCUUCAACUAAAUUUAAAUUUACUAAAGAAAAUAAACGUGCUUUAAUUUUAAAUACAUUCUAUUUAAUUGAGUUACUUAUAAUUUCACGCGCAAUAUAAUGGAUGUUUUUGAAAUUAUACUUGGUUGUUACGAAUCGUUUGUCAUAGGAGUAAAAUGCCGCGUUAAAAAUGAGAAGUCAAAAGAAUUGGAACUCGUUCAAUCGUUUAAUGAUCACGUACAUCAAGCCAGUAUUCGAGCCGUAUCAUGCUCAUCAAAAUAUAUGGUAUCCAGUAGUACAGACGAGACUAUUGAAGUAUAUAAUAUGGUCAAGCGCUGCCACAUACAUACUAUUUUGCAGCAUACUGGCACGGUAACGUCAUUGUCUUUUACUCCUGACGAAUCUCAUUUAAUUAGCACUAGCGAUGAUGGUUCAAUUGCAAUAUAUGAAACAGGGACUUGGAAAAUAAAAAAACUUUGGGAUAAAGCACACAAAGGAUCAGGUGUAUCUUGCUUAGCUGUACACCCAAGUGGAAAAUUAGCUUUAUCUGUUGGUAAAGACAAAACUUUAAGAACUUGGAAUUUAGUUAAAGGUAGACCGGCAUAUACGACCAAUCAUUCAAGUUUGGGCGCAUAUUAUUUUUUUGAAAGAAUCAUAUGGUCUCCCAUCGGACAGUUUUAUGCUUUGCCUCUCAAUACGAAACUGAUUAUUUACAGUGUAGAAACGGCAGGCAUUGCUUUUACAAUUGAAUGUGAUCAGAAAGUUCAUGGAAUCACGUUUUUGUCGGAACAUUUAGUUUGUUUUGGUACAGAAAACGGAUCUAUUAAAUGUUAUGAUAUAAUUAAUAAAGAACUUGUAUGGAACAUGAAAAUAGGAGAUGUAAGAGUCAAAUGUUUGAGUAAAGUCGAUGAAUGGCUUAUAACUGCACUUAGUGAUGGUCAUAUUACGUUAUGGGAUCUGAAGAGCGAUGAAGAACCUGUUAAAAAUUGUUCCAUUUUUUUGGAUUGUAGAGUCACUUGUAUGACCUCCAGCAAGUCUCCAAGCAAAAAAGAAGAUGUUAAGAGUGAAUCCGAAGAAGAAAUUGAAGAUAAACCAGAAGUCAUAGUGGUUGGUGUGAAAAAACCAGAAACUUUACAAAAAGUUAAACGAAAAAGUGUAUCUAAUGGCAAUCAAAAGAAAAAAUUAAAAUCUAGUAUUCAAAUUAAAAAAAAAGCUGUAUCACAAAAAUGGAAUGUUAGCAAUGAAUUUGACAAUUAAUUUACUUAUUAAGUAUUUAAGUUUCUAAUAAAACGUUUUUAAAAAAUGA